AUGGCCUCCAAGUUCCUGCGAGAGUAUAAGUUGGUGGUUGUUGGUGGUGGUGGUGUCGGAAAAUCGUGCUUGACCAUCCAACUGAUCCAGAGCCACUUCGUGGACGAGUACGACCCGACAAUUGAAGACUCCUACCGCAAGCAGUGUGUUAUCGACGAUGAGGUUGCUCUCUUAGACGUUCUCGAUACGGCAGGCCAGGAGGAGUAUUCGGCAAUGCGGGAACAGUACAUGCGCACCGGCGAGGGCUUCCUGCUCAUCUACUCGAUCACAUCGCGUCAAUCCUUUGAAGAAAUCAUGACCUUCCAACAGCAGAUCCUGCGCGUCAAGGACAAGGACUAUUUCCCCAUCAUUGUUGUCGGCAACAAGUGCGAUUUGGACCGGGAGCGUGUUGUCUCGGAGCAAGAGGGUGAAGCCCUGGCCCGACAGUUCGGUUGCAAGUUCAUCGAGACCUCCGCCAAGUCCCGCAUCCACGUCGAAGACGCUUUCUACGACCUCGUCCGCGAGAUCCGCCGCUACAACAAGGAAAUGUCGUCCUACCCCUCCGGCUCCGGAGCCUUCGGCGCUCGCGCCCCGGACAACAAGAUGGACGUGAGCGAGCCCGGUGAGAGCGCUGGUUGCUGCUCCAAGUGUGUCAUCAUGUAA